UUUCAAGUUUAACAGUACAAACUUUUUGUAUUAAUUGGUCAUCUAGUCUUUCCUGACAGUCUAGUCUUGUAUUUAGAUUUUUUCUAGUUUUUCUGUUCCUGUUCUUUUUUUUUUUUUUUUUUUUCAAUCUAGUCAAGUUCCAUUCUUUAUUUUUGCUUUAGUUCUCCCAAGCCUUAUUUUUGGAUUCUCUUGAUUUUGUUGCAAUCUAGUCUUUUAUUUAUUUUCCUCUCUAGUUCCCUGCAAGGUUGUGUUCUUGUUUGUUUCUUUUUUUCUUUUGUUUGCAGUUCCAAAUAUUUAUUUCUUAAUUUUUCCUUUUGUUGACUACUUUUGCCUCCUUUUGUUUGCAGUUCCAGUUAUUUAUUAGGGCCCGAGCACCGAUGGUGUGAGGACCCUAUUGGAAUUGCUCAGCCAAAAUUUUUAAACAUCUAUUUGUUUUAAAUACACACAUCUACUCAUCCAUUAUUAUUAAAACUUAUUAAAAAGUUCCAUAUUUUGUAAGUAAUCAAGAUUAUGACAGAACACAAAUGGUUAUGUAGAAAUUAUAUAUUUGCCAAACCCCCCCCCAAAAAAACAGAACUCUUCUUUUUUUCUAACAAUGAGAUGUAUCAAAUUGAACAUAUUUAAAACAGAGCGUAGCUCAAAUAGCUCGACUUACACUAACUCCGCCCAUCAUUGUCUGGUUGGACUAGACAAGGGUUGUCACAUUUCAGCUUAUAUAAAACUACUGUUGUGUAAUUUUAGCUGCAUCUGAAAUGGAUUAUACUGACAUUAACUGAGAAGUCAAAGUAAACUGCACUCUUUCAAGGAUGUGCAUUUAGUGCAUGGAUUGAGCAAGGUAAGUGUUUGAAACAGUCUACAUGCACAGUUCAGUUAAAUAAUAAAGUUUACUACCUUUAAAGUGCCCCUAUUAUGCUAUUUUAAAGGUUCCUAAUUUUGUUUUGGAGGUAUCCUACAACAGGUUUACAUGCAUCAAAGGUCAAAACACGACUCGUCCCAAGAAUCAGUCUCUCUAAAAUCUCUGCUCUGAUUGGCCAGAUGGCCCAGUCUGUUGCGAUCUGUCUACUGCUUACAGCACAUGUCGGAAUUGAAACGCUUAUUACCACAGCUGAACUUCAGCUCCAGAGACUUCUAAAAGUUUAGCAAUUGUACACACUGUAAAGAGAGUAAUGAUGGCGUCAAUUUUACUAUAUCAACCCGAGCGCGAGUCCGAUGAUGAAACAUUGGAAAAAUUAGUUAUUCAACCCAAACCUCCAUCACAAGGAUGACUUGAGCAGGACGUUUCUCAGUGAUAUGCUACUAAGUUUGAUGUACAUUAUGUUGCAACUGUAAUUCCACACCAUCAACAUUAGCAAGUGUAUGUUCAUCAACAAACCGCUGUGUAUAUUUUUUAAUUUAUUGCACUGCACAUAUGGGAACUGUAUUACUACCUGUAUUACUACCUGUAUUACUACCUUCUUUUGUCAUUUUAGUAGUUGCUAAAUAGCAAGAAUACAAUCGGGUUAGUGUUCUAGGUAUCUGUAUGCCAAGUGUAAUUCUAGUGCACAUAGUAUUCACAGCAUGGAAAGCGUCUACAAAAUAAAUUCAAAUGUACAGCUUAUUUACAAUGUAAAAUGUAAGGAAUGCACAAAUGUUUAGCUGUUAUAUGAAAAAAGUGUGCUGGAAUGUGUCAGUUCUCAGUUUAUGAUAUAAUUGUUUCAACUGAAUCCUCAGAAUUUUGUUAAAAACUUAUCUAACGCAUCUGCAAUUAUUUUUAAAUGACUCUAUAUAUUAUAAUAAAUAUUAAGUACAUUUUAUUUAUAUAGCAUAUUUAAACAUAUUUGCUGACCAUUGUGCUGAAUAGAGUAAGGAAAAUGUAAAUAGAAAAAAAAGAAAAAAAAAAAAGAGAAAACAGACAAUAAAACAAAAUUAAAAUUAGAUUAAAACACCUGGGAAUAGAGAUACGCUUUCAACCUCUUUUUAAAAAUGAUAAUAGAAGGUGCAAGGCGGAUGUGCAGUGGCAACUGAUUCCAUAAACAAGGGGAAGCAAAUGAAAAAGAAAAUUAUUUUUCACUCCCAAAAUUACCGACAGUUCCUUUAAAGAAUCCUCCUCUAAAAGUCACCAAAAAUUCACACUGAUGGAAGUGCAUGUAAAUGCAGUUAUUGCUAAAAUCAUCAGCUGUUCAACUCUCUGGACUUUUCUUAUGGCAACAGCCUGAAAAAUCAUAUGGACAUUCAAAAUGAAUUAACCCUUGAAAGCUUUACAUAUAAACUGUGGAAAAGAUUGUGCUUUCACAUGUUUAUUAAUGGCCAUUGUGUUUUUGAGGAAAUACAUUAGCGGUUGAUCUCAAUACCUGAAGGAAGUGAAGGAGUGAUUGUAUGAUAAUAUAUGCAUUUUAACCUCAUUUCACACAAACAACAUUGUUGAAGUUGAAUUUCCUUUCUGAAUAAAUUAAAUACUGGCCACAAAAAUGCAGAUGAGGAACAAAACACAUUCCACUCCAGGAGUGAAACUAGUUUUAGUUUAGUCUUGGUGACAUCGAAGCUAUAGAAAAAUACAGAAAAGGGUACAAAAUGCACAGAGAAGAUGGAAAAAGGGCUGAUGAUGUCUACGAAAAUAUUGAUGUUUUAGCUGGUACAUUUGGAAAAGAGAUCAAGGAUCGUAAUGCAAUGAGAAUCCAGUCAUCUGAACUCACAGGAAGUGUUGGUGUGAAGAUCAGAAGCUCCAGAGCAGCUCCAGUGUGUUUGGUUCUGCUGUGUGUUCUUCUGCUGACUGCAGUCAUAGUGCUGGGCGUCAUGUUCACUCAAGAGAGACUAAUCAACAACAGCAACUUCACAGAAGAGAGAAUCCAGCUACAAACCAAAAUCAUCAACCUAAUUCAACUAAACGUACAGUUAAAUCAAGAGAAAAAUGAACUGACAAAGUUGUUUCAAGAGGGAUGGACUUACUAUCAAUCCAGUUUUUACUACAUUUCCAAUGAUACAAAGAACUGGACUGAGAGCAGAAGAUACUGUACAAAGAGAGGAGCAGAUCUUGUCAGCAUAAACAACAGAGAGGAACAAGAUUUUGUUAAGAACAUGUCUGGUGCUGCUGUGGUCUAUAUUGGUCUGACUGACAGUGAUGUGGAGAACACAUGGAAAUGGGUUGAUGGCAGCAACAUGACCUCUGGGUUCUGGGCGCCUAGAGAGCCUAAUGGAGAUACAAGAGAGAACUGUGUUGUGACUGUUGCUGUGCCUAAAUUGCCAGAGUGGCCUGGUUUAGUUAGGGUGGAUUGAUGUUGCAUGUAAUAUAGCUUAUCAAUGGAUCUGUGAGAAGAGAAUUUCAGAACUUUUACUGCCAUAGGAACAUCACACAUCUUUUAAUACAAAUUUAACAGAAAUAAACUUUUGUAAUAUUUGAUCAUCAUCUAAGGGCCCAUCCACACGGAGACGAUUUUAGCUGUAUAUGCAAAAAUUUUGUAUCGUAUAAGAAGAGGUGGGUAGUAACGAAGUACACUUACUUCGUUACAUCUACUUGAGUAGUUUUUUGGAAAAUUUGUACUUUUUAGAGUAGAUUUAAAUGUGGGUACUUUUACUUUAACUUGAGUACAUUUGUAAUGAAAAAUCUGUACUUUUACUUCGCUACGUUUGGUGAUGAUCCUCUCCUUACUUUAUUUUAAUGCAAUACUGUACAUGUUAAGAAAUGCGUAGUUUAUUCCAAGCAUGCUGUCUCUUUUUUCAUGAACGAUGUCCCAUUCACAAAUGAAUCACUUUUUUUGGGUCGAUUCUGUUCACAGACUUGAUCAAACAAUUUGGUAAAACUGUCUAAUUGGUUCGCGAAUUAGUAUGAAUGAUUUGUUCCUGUACGCACUGAAUCGUCUGAAGCGGUUUCUCACUCGGGGCGGAUGAAGUGGCAGUUGACCUCCAGUCAAUUAAAAGCAAAUCUGCAAAUGUGUCCUAUUGUUUGCCAGCGACGAAUAUCUUUGUGAGCUGAACUGCGUAUACUGUCGGUGAACAGUUCCACAGGUAUCGAUUUCAUUCAGUUUCAAUUCAUAUAGCCAAUAGCCAACAUUUUACAACCAAACAGAUAAUUACACCACGAUGAUAAAGUAUGUAGCAUUUCUUUACUGUUUUUAUGGACAUAUAUCUUAAUUUAUACAUUAAAUAAGCUACAACUGUUCAGAGAAUAUGAAAUGGUAAUUUGUGGAUAGCCUAUUGCGCAGUGGUGGCGCCGGCUACCUGUUCGUCUUGAAAAUGAAUGCUUUGCGUUGACACAGUUAACCAGUUUACACGCGCCUGCAGAAAUAUACAUUUGAUUACAUUUUGGAGAACAAACGGUAGAAGAUCCAUCAAUGUGCAUUUGAUCAUUGUUUGUGUGAUGUUCAGAGGUUAUGAGGCACAAGCACAUGUAAAGAGUUUUCGUGUGUACAGCCAAUCCGUAUAUUUUGUGAAACGAUGAUGUCAUCACCCCACAUGUCGACCCUAGUCAGACACCACUAACAGCACAAAACAGCAACAACAAUAGCAGACUACAUGCUUGUGUUCGUGCCGCAGAAGCUACCGAGCCUGCUUUACUAAAGCAAAACUUUAUUUCUAAGCUUUACUAAAGUUUCUAUACAGUGCACAAGCUUUAUGUGCAUUCUCCAAGUCUUAUUCUUAAUUUUUAGUGUAUCCCGGUGCCAGAAUCACAGCGCAACAUAUUGAUCUGGCAUAUAUACUACGUCGUUUUGAGUUGGGCUGUGUCCGAAAUCGCCCCCUAUACCCUUAAAUAGGGCAGUAUUUGAGGGGACAGCCAUGUAACGCACCUGCAUGAGUAUUUCCCGCAAAUUAGUAUUAGCAAGUACAAGUUGCUGCUUCACUAUGUCAUGCUUUCAUGAAAUGAUAUCUAUUGUUCUUUGAAUUAUAGUACAAGUGAGAGAACAACAAAAUGAAGAUGUCUGAGAACAACGAAUAUAGUAGUCUUGAAAGUUUGUUAACAUGGGUAUGUGUAGCCUACAACACUCACAUAUAAAUGUAAAAAAAAUAAAGUGUUUGUGUUUUACAUCAUCUGCCGUGUGCACACGUUAAGACUGCAACCUCGGCGAAAAAAGCCGGCAAACUCGGAUUUGAUUUGGGUAUGCUAGAGCCUAUAUAGCUGUCUGUGUAAUAACUACGACAAUGUUUAAAUAUCAUAUUUUCUGGCUAGUUUACUUUAGUUUUUUAUAAUACACCAUACUUUAACCCAAAAUCAAUAAUUAAAAACAAGUUUAAAUGAGUAAAUCUUCUAUAAAUUUCCUUCCCUGACAUAGCCUAUUCCAAUUCUUGUUAGAACACAGUAAAUGUGCUUAUUCUAUGCAUUUUGAGCACUUUUUGUGUGAAAUCAUAUUUAUUUUGUGCAUCAAAGAUGUACUUGAACCACUUGAGAUGUCGUUGAACCAUCCAUCCACUUCCCUACAGUGUAUCAUACAGAUAUAAAUUUGUUUUAACUUUCUAAGUAAAUUGUUUAAUUAAGGUUUAUACAUGCUGGUUUUCAUGACAGAGCUCAAGAUAAUUUUUUUCAUUACUAGUACUGGAGCUGCUAGUUUGCAAAUGUUUAAAUGAUUAUUAAAAAGCCAGCCCUCCCAGUGCACCGAGUGUCCGAAUUCACUCACUCGUUUUCAUUCACUUCUUCAAGUGAACUAUGUUAGUGGACUAAUGUAGGGAAUAGUGAAUGAGGGUAUAGGGGGCGAUUUCAGAAACAGCCUUGGUUUCAGUGGUUUCAUGUGUGCGCAGAUAUUUCUUGAGACGAGGAAAAAAAAAAGAUUGGAUAGGGAAAGUUCUGGCUUCAUGUGGAUGUAGCCUAAAACAGUGUUCUAAACUUUGCUCCUGGAGGAUACCCACAACUGCACAUUUUGAAUAUAUCUCCCUUGUCAGAAACUCAUUUAAUGUCCUGGAGUUUCUUGUAAUGAGCUGAUGAUUUGCAGCAAGUGUGUUUAAUUAGGUAGACAUAUAUACAGGGCUUGACAUUAACUUUUUUGCUCACCAGCCACUGUGGCUAGUGGUUUUCCAAAGUUACUAGCCACUCAGCAUUUUCACUGGCCACAAUUUUG